CCCGCCGCCGUCCGCUGUCGGCCACCCGCUUGCCCGCCCGCUCCUCCGGCCGCCGCCGCUGCACUGCUGGUACCCAGGGCUCGGGACGGGGCAGCGGAGGAGCCGCCCCCCGCGCCCGGCCCCCGCCCACCGCGCCUGGGUCCGCGCCAUGGGACUGUGGCUGCCGCCGCGCCCCGUGCCUCCGGGCUAGGGCGAUGCGGGCGCCCCCGGCGCUUGGCCCCCUUGGGCACCAUGGGCCCCCUGCUCCGCCGCCUGCUGCUCGCCGCGCUCCUGCAGCUGGCCCCCGCCCAGGUCCCUGCCUCCCAUGCUGAUGCCUUCAGCCACCAGAAGAAAGUGGUGUCAUGGAUCGAUGUAUAUACCCGAGCCACCUGCCAGCCUCGGGAGGUGGUAGUGCCCCUGAAGGUGGAGCUCAUGGGUACCGUGGCCAAACAACUGGUACCCAGCUGUGUGACCGUGCACCGCUGUGGCGGCUGCUGCCCAGACGAUGGCCUGGAGUGUGUGCCCACAGGACAACGCCAAGUCCGAAUGCAGAUCCUCAUGAUCCGGUACCCUAGCAGUCAGCUGGGGGAGAUGGCGCUGGAAGAACACAGCCAGUGUGAAUGCAGACCAAAAAAAAGAGAGAAUGCUGGGAAGCCAGACAGGGCUUCCACUCCCCACCACCGCCCCCAGCCCCGCUCUGUUCCGGGCUGGGACUCUGUCCCCGGAGCACCCUCCCCAGCUGACACCACCCAUCCCACUCCAGCCCCAGGCCCCUCUGCCCACGCUGCGCCCAGCGCCGCCAGCGCCCUGACCCCCAGACCUGCCGCUGCCGCUGCCGACACCGCAGCUUCCUCCGUUGCCAAGGGCGGGGCUUAGAGCUCAACCCAGACACCUGCAGGUGCCGGAAGCUGCGAAGGUGAUACAUCGCUUUUCAGACUCAGCAGGGCCACUUGUCUCAGAGG